UUUUGCAGACGAAGCAAUUCGCCGGUGUACGGAAAAUGGUUGUACGCAGUGUGGGCUGUCAGUUCCAAGAACGGAGAGAAAGAACAGCGCAUCCGUAUAAAAAGCACUUAUAAAUCGACAAUUGAGGAACAUUCGUCUCGGUGAAACAAGGUACAAAAUGGCACGCACUUUCGGCGUCGCCAUCGUUCUUCUGGCGAUGGCCGUUCUCGGAUAUGCCGAUUUCGUCAGAGUCGCUUUACACAAAGCCCCGUCCGCUCGUGACCAUUUCCGUAGCGUUGGUACCGAGGUUAGACAGCUCCGUCUGAAGUAUGGAGCCGCAACUGGCCCGGUGCCGGAACCGCUGUCCAACUAUCUUGAUGCUCAAUACUUUGGUGCCAUCUCGAUCGGGACACCGCCCCAAAGCUUCAAGGUGGUGUUCGAUACCGGCUCGUCCAACCUGUGGGUACCGUCGAAGCAGUGCUCCUUCACGAACAUUGCCUGCCUGAUGCACAACAAGUACGACGCCAAAAAGUCGUCCUCGUUCGAGAAGAAUGGUACGGCCUUCCACAUCCAGUACGGCACGGGCAGCCUGUCGGGCUAUCUGUCGACCGAUACGGUUACGGUCGGCGGUGUACCGGUGGAGAAGCAAACGUUCGCCGAAGCCAUCCAAGAGCCGGGGCUGGUGUUUGUGGCCGCCAAGUUUGACGGUAUUCUGGGUCUGGCCUACAAAUCGAUCUCCGUCGACGGCGUAAUGCCCGUGUUCUACAACAUGUUCAACCAGGGUAAGAUCGAUGCGCCGGUGUUUUCGUUCUAUCUGAACCGCGACCCGAGCGCUGCGGAGGGUGGCGAGAUCAUUUUCGGUGGCUCGGACUCCAAGCACUACACCGGCGACUUUACCUACCUGAGCGUGGACCGGAAGGCGUACUGGCAGUUCAAGAUGGAUUCCGUCACCGUGGGCGACGCCCAGUACUGCAAUAAUGGGUGCGAAGCGAUUGCCGAUACCGGUACCAGCCUGAUUGCGGGCCCGGUCGCGGAGGUGACGGCCAUCAACAAAGCCAUCGGUGGCACGCCGGUGCUGAACGGCGAGUACAUGGUGGACUGUUCGCUGAUUCCCAGCCUGCCCAAGAUCACGUUCACGCUCGGCGGCAAGCAGUUCACGCUGGAGGGUGCCGACUACAUUCUGCGCGUCGCCCAGAUGGGCAAAACGAUCUGUCUGUCCGGUUUCAUGGGCAUCGAUAUUCCGCCACCGAACGGACCGCUGUGGAUUUUGGGAGACGUUUUCAUCGGCAAGUACUACACGGAGUUCGACAUGGGUAACGAUCGUGUCGGAUUUGCAACCGCCGUCUAAAGUGGGAUGGUGGUGGUGCUUAAUUGAAAGCGAAAACCAAAUUGUGGGAUUGUCGGGAAGCUGAACAAGCUACCAUUUGCAUGCUAUUUUUACAAUAAAGUUGACAAUUCUGAUUUCCAAACCACACAAA